AUGGCAUUUUUCAAGACCGCAAAGCCCGUCGUCUUUAUCGGCGCCGCCGGCGAGAUGUGUCGAGUGGCCGUCGAGCGCUUUGCGGCCGCGAGCGACGCUCCCCUCGUUCUGGCUGAUAUCAACCUGUCCGUCCUGGAGUCUCUGGCGGCCAGUCUCCCAGCACGAGCAUUGACAAAGGAAUUGGAUUUAUUCGAUCGCGCCGCGCUGAAUGACGUGGUCCAAGGUGCCGCCCUGGUGGUGUUGGGCGCCGGUCCCUAUAUGCGUACUUCUGAGCCCGUGCUGAGUGCCUGCCUUGACGCCAAGGUGCCGUACCUUGACUUCGACGAUGAUGUGCAGAGCACCCAGGCGGCGUUGGGACUCCAGGAGCGUGCGAGGAAGGCGGGCGUACCAUGUUAUAUUGGUUGCGGUGCAUCCCCCGGUAUGUCUAACGUGAUGGUGAUGGACGCAGUUCGGGAAUUGGAUAACGUGGGGACUAUCGACAUCUGCUGGCUGGUUGGGGACGAGCGCGGCGGGACAGGAAGGGCCGUCUUGGAGCAUCUAAUGCAUAUUGCCGCUGGCCCAUGUCUCACCUGGGCCGACGGAAGACCGACAGUCAAUGAAACCUGGGUUGAGACCAUUUACGCGCCUAUGCUGGAGGGCGAUGGCGAGCUGCUUCUUCAUGAGACCGCUCAUCCGGAACCAGUUACCCUCCCCCGUCUCUUCCCUCAAGCGCAUCGCAUCCGCUGCGCCGGUGCCUUGGCCCCUGCCCCUUUCAAUGGUAUCGCCCGCGGGCUCGGCCAGGCCGUCCGCCGCAAUCUACUUUCAAUGAAGGAGGUGGUUGAUUUCCUGUUUACUCUGACCAAUGAGGAGCCGUCGGCAUUUGGAUGGGGCAAUGGAUUCGCAGAGUUGUCAGCAACAUUCAAGGGCGGAGACAUUACCCUAAACGAGCUCUUCCAGUUGAUCAGACACCUGAGCCAUUCGAUCAGUCCGUGGCGGUUCGCGCUCUAUGGAAUUAUUGAGACAAUCUGGACUGGAGAGUGCACGACGGGCGAGGUCCUGAGCUUCCUGGUGAACUUGGUCCAAGGUAAAAGGGUGGAAAACAAAGGCGGAUUGCUCGUCCGCGCUGUAGGUCUUCGCAACGGCCAUCCAGCCACUGUGACGAAGCGGACGGCUAAGUCAGGCGACAAAGCGUUCCUGUCGCGGACCAUGGGCACAUUGACGGGGACGGCGACCGCCGCUUUCAUGCUGCUUGCCCUUGAUGACGGUCUCACUCGCAGCGGUGUGUAUUCGCCCGAGGACUGGGCUGUACCCGAUAAAUUCUACCACGCAUUGGAACGUCUCGGCACUCCGAGUGAUGAACUGGUGGUGGCAGUUUAG